AUGGGUUUAAUCAAGAUCGCGCUCCCCAUUAUCGCUGCUUCAUUCGCCCUAACGGCCAGUACCGAUGCUGUCUCCACGAGCGUGUUGGAGACGCCUACCUCACUCAACAACCGACUUCGGCGAUCUCUCGAAGCAGUUAACGACAUGGGGGAAGAGGAGCGAGGUUUUACUUUGAAGGACACAACUGCACUGGCUCCGUUGGCAAAUGCUGUCAAUGGCAAAAAGGCUGCGGCGCUAGCUCGAAUCGAGAAAGCAAAAAUCGCCAUGAUCAAUCAACAACUCCCGUCUGUGCCAUUCAGUAAGUUUACUCCUUACUUUUUAGCUGGAAAAAGAACGAGCGAGAUAGCGGAGGCGUUGAAAGCCUCUGGGAAAAAGCAACAUUGGGUCUUUUGA